AUGCGCCAGGGUGCAAUCCCUAAAGCUGCCCCAGUCUCACCCACCUCCUCCCCGUGUCCCCGCAACUCUCGGGGCCCAGCUGAGUCCGCCCCCAGGGUACUGAUGUCGCGCGCUUGCGUGCUGCGGCCGAAGCUCCAGAUUCAGAGGCCGGCCCUAGAAAACCCCAAGCGAGUAGGGGGCGGCGCGGAGGGAGGCAGGGAGGGGAGCGGGGGCACGGGGGGUUGGUGGGUGUCCCGGGGUGGAGAUGUAGAAUAUAUGACGCUGCAGCCAGGCCGGUGCCAGACCAGCGGACGCGCUGCCAGCGGUUGCAACCGGAUUUCGGGGCUGCAACUUGGGGAGGCGGUUCUCCCAAGACGGCGUCCACCGAAACACCCAACCGGCCGGCGGAGAGGGGAGCGACCAAGCGGCGCGAGGCUGGGGGCCCGCGGGCGCGGCCUUAAACUGCAACUUCAAGCAGAAGAGAGAGGGGUUGUAUCUAUCAAGGGAGUGUGUGCCAACCGUUAUCUGGCAAUGAAGGAAGAUGGAAGAUUACUGGCUUCAAAAUGUGUAACGGAUGAAUGUUUCUUUUUUGAACGACUGGAAUCUAAUAACUACAAUACUUACCGGUCAAGGAAAUACUCCAGUUGGUAUGUGGCACUGAAACGAACGGGGCAGUAUAAACUUGGACCGAAAACAGGACCUGGACAGAAAGCUAUACUUUUUCUCCCAAUGUCUGCUAAGAGCUGA